UUUCCUUGUAUGUUCUAAGCCUUUUAUCUGGUGACCGUUGCUCCAACUGAUUCGAUGAAGAUAGUAUUUCCUUAUAAUCAUUCCUUUUUUGCGGUUCUGAUGGUAGUGAGCCUUAGGGAUGCCUCCUCUUUUUAUGAAGACAUGAUCAGCGUAGUUGACCGGCUUCCCGUUCAAGAGGAAUUUCGUCGUGUCCGCCAUCUUUACCUUUCGAAACCUUCCUCGCCUCGUAUCUCAGACGAUGAACUUGCACGCGUCUUGGAGAACGUUCCUCACUUGGAAGCCAUCGUUUUGUCCGGUGUCCCGGAUGUGAGCGACAGGACUAUCGUUGUGCUCGCGGAAAACGCGCUUAAUCUCCAGGAAAUCGAUCUUUCUGGGUGCCAUGCGGUGACCGACGUGGGUAUCCUGGACUUGAUUGCAAAAUCCCUUCCGUUGCAGGGCAUACGUCUUAACGGCGUUCCGCUACUGACGGAUGCCUCCAUUUCUGCGAUAGCCAAAUCCACGCCGCGGCUUAUCGAACUAGAGCUGUCUGGCCUUCCUUUGCUUUCUCCAGUAUCGAUUCGAGACGUUUGGUCCUUUUCGAGGAAACUCCGCGCACUCCGACUGGCCAAUUGCCCUUUACUAUCCGACAAAGCCUUUCCGUCGUCUCAUUCCGACGGUAUUGAACAUCAAAAGGAGAAACCAUUACCUCCCCGACCGGUGACAUGGAUGGAGCGACUACCUCCCCUCAUACUCCGGCAAUCUGCUGAUAAUCUUCGUGUGCUCGAUCUCGCAAAUUGUAAAAUAACCGAUGAUGCUGUGCAAGGCAUUGUUUCCCAUGCUUCCAAGAUCCAAAAUUUAAACCUUUCGGGAUGUUCACAGCUAACGGACAGAGCGCUCGUUAGCAUUUGCGCCCUCGGGGGUCACCUUGACGUGUUGCUUUUGGCGCACGUUUCAAACAUUACAGAUCGAGCUAUUGUGCAAUGUGCUAGAGCAUGUGCGAACCUGCGAUGUUUGGACUUGGCUUGUGCGUCGCAACUUGUUAUGAUUCAUUUUGGAAGAGCUUUUGAACUAACUACAUACUCCUCCGGGUCCAUGAGUUUGCCGCAACCUAUCAGACAUGUCGGUGUUUGAGUUGUCUGGACUACCCAGUCUCCGUAGACUAAGCCUCGUCCGAGUGCACAAGCUCACUGAUGUCGCCGUAUUUGCUCUCGCAGAGCAUGCCACGGGGUUGGAACGCCUGUACAUCUCCUAUUGCGACCAUAUCUCACUGGAGGCCGUACAUGUAUUACUGAAGAAUCUCAAGAGUCUGCAACAUCUAGCAGCUACCGGUAUACCUUCCUUGAGGCGGAAAGGUGUACACCGCUUUUCUGAACCAGCACCUGAAGAUUGGGACGAAGACCAGAGGGCUGCGUUCCGUGUCUUCAAUGGGAAUAGUGUGGAUGGAUUGCGGAGAUUCUUGGACAAAGAAGAGCAGCGACAGCGUGAAGCUGAAGCACGAAAUAUACCCUUCAUAGCACGGUCGGACGAUUCGCAAGACCUAUACUAGAUAGUUUAGACCUUUUUCUGCCACGAUCACGCCGGUGCUCUUGUUAAUACUACUACUACCGUC